AUGAAGAAACAUUGUCUGAGAGAAGACGGGCUGGAGGUGGAGGCCGCCGCUCUGGGACACGCCUUCAGGCAGGCCUACAGGACUCAGAGCCACAGCUUCCCCAACUACGGCCUGAGCCAAGGCCUCACCUCCCGCCAGUGGUGGCUGGAUGUGGUCUUGCACACCUUCCAGCUCGCGGGUGUUCGAGACGCGCAGGCUGUGGCCCCCAUCGCUGAGCGGCUGUAUGAGGACUUCUGUAAGCCGUGCAGCUGGCAGCUGUUGGAGGGGGCCAAGGCCACCCUGAGACAGUGCCGAGAACGAGGUGUGAGGCUGGCAGUGGUCUCCAACUUUGACCGGCGGCUGGAGGACAUCCUGAGGGCGCUGGGCCUGCGGGAACACUUUGACUUUGUGCUGACCUCUGAGGCUGCCGGCUGGCCGAAGCCUGACCCCCGGAUUUUCCGCGAGGCCUUGCGGCUUGCUCGAGUGGACCCGGCAGGAGCAGCCCACAUUGGGGACAGUUACCACUGUGAUUACAAGGGGGCCCAGGCUGUAGGGAUGCACAGCUUCCUGGUGGUUGGCCCAGAGCCCUUGGACCCUGCAGUCAAGGGUUCUGUACCCCAAGAAUGCCUCCUCCCCUCACUGUCCCAUCUCCUGCCUGCCCUGGACCGCCUGGAGGGCUCACCUCUGGAACUUUGAGUCUGACGAGGGAAGUCGAGGGAAGUGGCUCCAGCGAACUAGAAGGCUCCUUCCUUUCUGAGAUCAGGCCUUUGCCUCUCUCCCUGCGGCGUCCAAAUGCAUUCUGACUAUAAAGCGGUGAAUGCAGGGCUUUGAGCCCGUCUCCACGCCUCUCAGGUGGUUUAUUUGUCACACCUGUGUCUUUCCCCCCCCCCCC